AUGGCAGCGACCUCCUCCUCCUCCUCCUACGCCGUUGCGGUCGUUCUCAUCUGCCUGCUCGCCGCCGAUGGCUCCUGCGGCUGCCCUGGACCCACACCUGCCCCCACACCUAUACCUGCCCCCACACUUACACCUCCACCUGCCCCCGCUAGCCCCAGCCCCGUCCCCGUUACACCUCCACCUGCGCCCGUUACCCCUAGCCCAGGCUCCGGCUCCGGCUCCGGCAGCACCAACGGCUCCUCCGGCGGCUGGCUGGACGCGAGGGCCACCUGGUACGGCGCACCCGAUGGCGCUGGCCCGGACGACAACGGUGGCGCGUGCGGGUUCAAGAACGUGAACCUGCCUCCGUUCAACGCCAUGACGUCGUGCGGCAACGAGCCGCUCUUCAAGGACGGCAAGGGAUGCGGCUCCUGCUACCAGAUAAGGUGCGUGGGCAAGGCUCACCCGGCGUGCUCGGGCGUCCCCGAGACAGUGAUCAUCACAGACAUGAACUACUACCCCGUCGCCCGCUACCACUUCGACCUCAGCGGCACCGCCUUCGGCGCCAUGGCCAAGGACGGCCGCAACGACGAGCUCCGCCACGCCGGCAUCAUCGACAUGCAGUUCAAGAGGGUGCCGUGCCAGUACCCGGGGCUGUCGGUGACGUUCCACGUGGAGAAGGGGUCGAACCCGAACUACCUGGCCAUCCUGGUGGAGUACGGGAACGGCGACGGCGACGUGGCGCAGGUGGACCUCAUGGACGGCGGCGAGCCGACGGGGGCCUGGAGGCCGAUGAGGCACUCGUGGGGCUCCAUCUGGCGCCUGGACACGCGCCGCCCGCUGCGGGGGCCCUUCUCGCUGCGCGUCACCAACGGCUCUGGCAGGUCGCUCGUCGCCGACCAGGUCAUCCCCGCCGACUGGCAGGCCGACGCCGUGUACAGCUCCGACGUCCAGUUCGAUGAUUGAUCGCGUUUGAUGAUCCAUGGAAGGCAUGCACGUCCAUGCAUGCAUGCAUGCAUUUGUUGUGCCAAGCUAUAUAGCUGAGACGUCCCUUGUGACGUCCCUUGUGCGUCAGUGCGUGUCCUCGUCGUGUGCUAGCUAUGUACUGUACGUGUUAUCAUUUAUCGUGUCCCACUAUCCUUGUACAUAUACAUACGUGACAACUUUAGUUUGUGGGAUUUGAAGGAGGAGUGUAGUGACCAGA